AUGGUUGUGAUUGACCCAAAGUUUAAGAAUGUGGGCAGGAAACGAGGGAUCGAGAUCUGGAGGAUCAAGGUGCGGUUUUCAUGAUUUUUAGGAUUUUUUGUAUUAGGUUUUUCACGUAGUUCUGUGCCCCUCUCAAAGCAAGUUUUCAGGGUUAAAGGCACAGAAUUAUUUGAUCAACCUGCUAUAAAAAAUUAUUUUUUUAAAUAAAAAUAUAAUCCAACUUCUCAGAACUUUGACCUUGAAGUAGUGCCCAAAGAGCAGUUCGGCAACUUUUACAGUGGAGACUCUUAUAUUAUUCUUAAUGUAAGUUUAUUUACCUUAUUUGAAGUUAAAAAAGCUUUAAAACUGUAAGAAGACAUUAAAAUAAAGGAUUAUAUUGUGAUUGCCGCACCUAUUGCUUUACAGACAAAAAACAAUGACAACUGGGAUGUACACUUUUGGUUGGGCCGGGACACAAGCCAAGACGAGGCUGGCACAGCGGCUAUUAAAACUGUGGAGUUGGAUGACUCUUUGGGUGGAUUGCCAGUUCAAUAUCGUGAAGUUCAAGAUCACGAAAGUGCAGUAUUUUUGUCCUACUUCAAAGAUGGAAUCAAGUAAGACCAUACUGUAAAAAUGAUAAACCGAGAUCUUUGAAUUUACAGCGACCUUGAUAUUAUACAUUUAGUAACUGAAUAAUAACAGUUUGUCUUCAAACCCAGCUUUCCUUAACACAACCCAUCACAAUUUCUAUCUUAAGCCAACUCUUUAAACGGCCAAACCUUUCAGGUACAUGCAAGGAGGUCACUCGAGUGGCUUCAACCACGUCGUGGACCCCUACUCCAACUACAAACCCAAACUAUUCCAAUGCAAAGGCAAGCGCAAUGUCAGAUGCACCCAAGUGGACUGCAAACUGGACUCUCUUAACCUGGGCGACGUUUUCCUGCUCGACCUUGGCCUAAACAUUUACGUUUGGAUGCCGCCAGAAGCCGGUCGUCUGGAGCGCGUCAAAGGUGUGAACCAAGCCAAGAGUAUUCGAGAUCAAGAGCGUGCUGGGCGCCCCAAGAUCCACGUGCUAGACCAGGAUUGGAAAGAGAACGCGACCUUUUGGAAACACUUUGGUGGUGCUCAAAACGCAAGCAGAGUGAAGAGUGCCAAGGCCGGUGGGGUGGAUGAGAACUACUGGAGGGAAAAGGGAACCGCCGUCACAUUGUGGAAGGUUUCUGAUGCCAGUGGUACCCUGAAGGUCAGUCGUGUUGCUCAAGGAAGCUUAAACAUCAAGGACUUGAACACUAAUGUAUGUUUAAUUGGCUCACAGUAAUUUUACUACCAAUCACAAAAAUGGUACGGUUUUUAAAACUGUGGUAGUAGUAUGGUACUGUAAGGAAAAAAAAGAAAGGCAAGGUAAACUACACAUUAUAGCAAUGCUCAAAAGGAGUAAAUACUCGAUUGCCCAUAUACUAGUACUAUUAUUUAUGGUACCUCUUAGUACGUAUUCUUGUUUUAGGACGCAUUCAUUUUGGAUGCUGACCAAGGUGGUGUGUUUGUAUGGAUCGGAAAAGAAUGUAAUAAAGAAGAAAGAUCAAAGGCCCAGCAAUGGGGUCAAGAGUAUCUGAAGCAGCACGUAAGUGUCAUUAAUAAAACGGCAGUUAAUCCUUCAAAACAAACUGUUUUCCAAGCAAACUCUUUGCAAUAAAUCAGUUUUAUCGCUCCAUUGUGUAAGAAAAACAAAAAAAGUUUUUGAGGUAAACAAAAGCAGUAAAAUACAUUAAAAAGUUGAAGACUAAACCUUUGAGUCCUUAAAAUUAAGCUGUAUAGAACUAUAAUUGAUGGCUAUACAAAAGGCAACAAAGAUCAUCUUUAAUCAAUAUAAUAAUAUUUUCAAAAACAAAUAUGACCUUCCAUUUCAGAAAAGAAACAAGUACACCCAAGUAAUCCGUGUCCUAGAAGGUGCAGAGCCCCAGAUCUUCACUCAAUGGUUCGCCAACUGGAGCGACACCAAGAAGGCGCAGGACUACAAGCCCAAGCUCUACAACGUGUCAAAUGAGACUGGCAAGCUUGUGAUCGAUGAAGUCGCCAACUUUACCCAAGAAGACCUGGACACAGACGAUGUUAUGAUUCUGGACGCUCUGAACACCAUCUACGUGUGGAUUGGCGACGGUGCCAACAAACAAGAGCGGGAAGCGGCUAGCCAAACGGCCAAGAAAUACUUGGAAACGGACAAAGUGCCUCGUCACAAGACAGCUCAAAUCGACAUUCUGAAUCAGGGAAAGGAGAAUCCCGGAUUCAAGAAACUGUUUGCGUCGUGGGACGACAAGAUUUGGGCCAAGGCAAGUUUGUUGCUCACGUGUGGUAUAAUGAUUACUUUUGCCAGUUAUAAAGUAACUAAUAUACCAGAAUCAGUUGUGUUAAGUUGAUUUUACUAUUGUAUUAACGCAAUGAUAAUAUAAUUUUAAAUGUUUUAGAAAGAAAAAGACUACAAAAAUCUCCGUGAAUUACUCUUCCAAAGCUCCGGACCUCAAAAGGUUAUGUCAUUUGCUCACUGA